UUCUGAAACGAUGACGUCAGUUUCUCACAAAGAUACCGGCACAAAAGAUAAGAAAACCAUUGACUCAUGAGGCAGGGAGAGACUGUGCUGCCAGCUAGCUGUUGGCAAAGUCGAGCUAGCACAUACAGUACAUGGCAGCAGAAUCAAGAAUAAAACAAGCAACAUGAUCAGAGUCAAGCUACUGCUUCUUAUCGGCCUGGUUGGCGGGUCGACAACAGCCUUUGUGCCACGGCUGUUUCAGCCGAGCGCUACUGUGAGCCAUAAUGAGAGAAGAAAAUCAUCUGUUCUUCUUCACAUGUCCCAAUUCGAUGUCUCCAAGCCAACUUUUGACCUCUUUUCGUUGCGAAGUGUUCGCGGCGAUGCAUUGACCAAGUACAAUUCUCUCAACCAGAGUGAACCCCUCCGCAUCAAUCUUUUUGGCUUGUUGGCAUUGACCUUUUUUGCAUCUCCCUGGUUGGCCCAAGAACUCAAUAAUAACUCCAGUGACAUGUUGUCGCUCCCCGUCAUUGCCGUGGCCAUGGUAGCUGGAGUCGGCAGUACGGGUCUCUUUGUACGAGAAUGUCAACGGCGAUCCAAGCAGUUGACCAGAAUGGAAAAGGAACUCAAUGCCUUGGGAUUGACACUACGGUUGCCAUCGAAUCCAUUGGCCGAUGCACCCUUUCAAACGGCACAACCACUGGCACAGUUGAUGAAUAAAUCGGCACGGGCGGUGCGGCUACUGGCAUUAUCAGGAACUGCAGAGCAAUUGAAAUCAGCAUUGUUGCCUCUACAGGUACUGCAAAGACGGUUGGUCCAGGCGAGUACCUAUGUCGUGGUCAUCCCAACUGAUGGUUCCAGCAGUGACGACUGGGGUUUGGACAGCAAUCAGCGAAAUGGCUUUUUGGCGGAUGCCGGAAAUACAAAUGACUGGAAAGAGUACUUUGAUAGUCUUGCUGUUGCUGCUUCUUCCGAAGAUGGCUCUUCCGAAUUUCGAUGGUUUGGGAUCAGUGCCAUUGGUCGUUCAUUUGGCUCUGGAAAGGGAGAAGUCCCGGAAUGGCUGCAGAUACUCGGACAACAUUUACGACCUACCGACAUUUUACUAGACGAAACUGAUCCAUCUCAGGACGAUGUCGAUGGUGUCUUGGCACAACAAAAAACAUUUUACGAUGCACUCCGAGAAGGAAAGUUGGACGAAAUGAAGCAAGUUUGUAGUACACAACCGGCCAAUCAAGUGUCUGCAGUCAUGGAAGAAGGUGGACGACUCGAUGAAUGGAAGACAUGUCUCGAAGAGGGGGCGCGGCCAGCUGGCAUGAAACUUGGCGAUGCCGAUGUUAUGGUGGUGUCCGAUACUGAUUUCCCGUUACUCCGGGUCUCGACGAGGCAACCCUGUUGGCGGUACAAAGCUGGACUCGAGCAAAUGCCCAAGGGGAAUGGAAACUAGCACUGCAUCAAACCAUACCAUGGAGCGCAGAGAGGUCCGCUGGAGGGAUUCUCCUCUGUGAUGGACGAGGUUGCGUCGCGUUGACUCGUGGUCGCUUCUGAUCUCCUAAUCGAAGACCGGAUAAUCUAUCUAUACGGUAGAGCACGACAAACAAGAUGGGGGCAAAAUGCACCAAGCCCCAUUACCUUUAGUUAGGGGCACAAUGAGUGGGCGUCCACCACAUCGUAUACUAUAGUUGCUUGGGUAUCCAACACCCAACAGCAACAGCUACUAUAGAUUUUUGCCUAUCCUCUUUCAAUGAUAACCCACAAUGCUUUAACACAUGGUGUGAGUGUAGAAAUCAUGAUG